AAUGGCAAAAAAAAAAUCAAAUAUUGGUAGAUAUACUAUUACUAAUAAAGCUCGGAGGAAACGAUUAGCCAGAAAAGCUGCUACCCAAAUGUCACCGGGAUGUGAUCGUAAAAAAAAAAUCGAAUUGAAACUGAUUUGCACAAAAAGUGUUAUUACACUUAAACCGAAGUAUACACCAAACGCAGGUUGGAUUUGUUCUCAAAGCUAGGUACGUAUUUCAAGUAGUUAAGAAUGAUGGUGCAAAAAACAAUUGGGGACAUCAUUAUUUUGGAAGUUAUUCAAAAUUUGCAAUUUUACGUUUACACGCACAACACUUAAAAACGAUGGUGAAGUCAGAAUUUGGUGAUCGAUCUUAGUUCUGAAGUUUUAGCUAUUUGAAGACUAAUGAGACCCAUCACCCAUCCAAGUGACUAUGAUGAACAACCAUGAUGAAGGUUAUAAAAAUAUGCUGGCUAGUUUCCGGACUAACGACUUGCAAACAUUAUUGGGAGCUUUUGGUCGAAAUAAAGCAGGACGAAAAUCUGAAUUAAAAGAUCGGGCACUUGAAUUAUUAAGAACUAGACCAACUGGCUUUAACCAUGCGGCAUAUGUAGCAAAAAUAUAUGAAAUAUAUCGUUCCAUGCAAACAGAUAUGCCUAAUAAUAAUGAUAUUAUGAUGCGCAGCUUAUUACAAACCCAACAGAGACAAAUGAUGACCAUGGGGCAGAUACAGGCUCCACAACAAAGAAUGUACCAACAACCACCACAAUAUCCUCAACAGCCAAUGCAUAUGACCCGAGCUGGAUUACCACAGGUUAUGCCCCAAAUUCAAAGAGGGAUUUAUAGUAAUUCAAUUGGAGCAAAUACUAUGGCUAACAAUAACAUUCAAUAUAUAUCAGGCAGUUAUCAGCCUUCUGGACCUCGUUCUAUUACGUCAUCUCAUUUGUCCUCAAGUCAACAAAUGACUGUGUCAGAUCCAUUGGGAUAUGAUAUGAAAGGAUUGCCAGUUGGAAAUAAUUCUUAUACUCCAUCUCCUGAAGCUGUAGCCCUAAUCAAGUUCAAAAAGUUACCAUUUUACGAGGUAAUUGACGAAGUUCAUAAGCCGAUUUUUCUAGCUGGCACAGACAGAUGUACAUUACAAAACUUUCCUAGAGGUAUGAAAGAAUCGCAAUUCAAACUUUUUUUGUCAGCCGAGAACAUCAAUAUGGUUGCCAUGAAUCGUGAUGUUUCCCCAGGAAAAAAUGAGUAUAUUUAUCAGUUCCAGAUUCGGAUUAGUCAGUUAGUGGAACCUAUGAGUAAUGAGGUAACAGAUUUUAUGCCUCUUGGACUACACAUUCGGCUUGGUGUGAAAGCGUGUCCAUUACCACCUACUGCUCCUAAUACUCGGCCAGGAGCUGAAUCUCGACGAUCUCCAAGACCUAUAAAUUGCACUCAACUUGUCAAACUUUCUCCAAUCACUCCCAACAUGAUCUAUGUAAAUUGGACUCCUGAUGGAAAAAAUUAUGUUAUGGCUAUGUAUCUUGUAAAAAGAUUAACUUCAGAAACGUUGAUACAAAGACUUCAGGAUAAAGGAGGUAGGAGCUCAGAAGAGACCAAAAACUAUAUAAUUAAAAAGUUAGCAGAUGUGGAUCCAGAUUUGGCCACUACAUCUUAUCGAUUUUCCUUGGUGUGUCCAUUGGGUAAAAUGAGAAUGAAGAUACCUGCAAAAUCUAUCCAUUGUGAUCAUUUACAAUGUUUUGAUGCUAGCACAUUUAUUUUAAUGAAUGAGAAAAAGCCAACAUGGAUGUGUCCAACCUGUAAUAAACCUUGUUUGUAUGAUGAUAUACAAAUAGAAAAUUAUUUUUUGGAAGUUGUUUCAAGUCCAACACUCAAAGACUGCAGUAAGGAAAUUGAAAUUUUAGCUGAUGGCACAUGGAUAGUUUAUGAAGAAAAUAAAGAGACAAAAACCACAAAUAGUACUCCUGAUGCAAAAUUAAAACCUAUUGAUUCUGUGGAUUUAGAUAGCGAUGAAGAAAAAUCUGUUGAUAUGAAAGUAGAACAUAACCCUGAAACUGUCAAACGCCAAGAAAAUGAAAACUUGAACUUUGUCGAUUUGACAUUAAGUGACAGUGAAGAAGAACCACCAAAAGAAAAAGAUAAACAGGAAAAUGAGGCACAGGCCGCUGAUGCUAUACAACCAGUUGCUGUAGUUGAUUUAAAACCACAAGCUCAAGUACAGCCGCAACAAGCUGUUACUAGUUCUGAGCAAGGAGUAGUAAUUGAAAUAGACAGUCCAUCCCCUCCUUCAAGUCCUAUCCCUACCACUGAAGCCUCCUAAUUUUUAUUAUUAUUGCAAGUAAAACAAUUUUAAGAUAAUGUACUUUAAUAUUUUUAUGAUAUAUAAAUUAGCAUAUAAGAUAAAAUUAAUUCUUAAAAUGUUAUAUUUAAUAAAUAUUAAGAUAAUAAUAUAAUAAUAUUCUUUUUUUAUAUUAUUAUAAAUUAUUUAUUAUUUUAAUACAAUUUUAAUUUAAUAUAGUGACAACUGACAACGCACGCUCUGUAAAAUACUACUUAUGUCAGUGGUCUCUAACUCAAAUUAUCUACGAGCCUAUAUAUUAAUUAUACAUCAAAGGGUCGAGGGCAAAACACUUUUUUGCUCAUCUUAAUACUAAAUCCAAAAUAAACAAAAUAAAUGAAGACAGCA